ACUUUUGCCUACAUGUACUUUCCAGCAAAUCGCAUCAUUUACUGAUUUAGAUGCAGUAUUCUGGAGGCAGUCUUAAUCCUACUUAAUGCAUUUUGAGCGGGAAACGUGCAUAAUCGGAGCUGAAAAUGGAUGAAAACAUAUAACGGAAAUCGACUUUGGAUAUGUUAUUUUUGAGGACUUCUUGUAUUUCCAAUAUACCUCAGUUAUUCAGUGCAUGUGGGGAAAUAACUUAGUAACCCUAGUGGAUUUGUGUGAAGUUACAGCGGAGAGAACUUUUUUUAGAAAUUGCUGUAUUUAUAAACCACGACGCAACGGAAAUAAGGAAUUUCAGGAUUCAACGUGUGAUUACAUUCAUGUUCAGGAGAAUAUUUUAAAAUGGAUGCAACGACAAAUGGAGGUCGCUCAGCCAUCGUCACGAAACAGCCGGAGAGAGAUGAUGAUUCGAUUGAGUUACGUAACUGGGCAACGCCCUCCCCUUCCAAUAGAGUAUCUGCAUCAGAUCAGAACAGGAUGAUACAGAGAGCCCUGCAAGAUCUUCAAGGUGUGAACGAGGUCCACAUCAGACAGACGCUGGAAACAAUCGGAUCAAGUUGUACCGGAAGUAAUUCCUACCACAUAGUGACCAAACAGGGUGACGUAUUACUCAAUGCUUUUGAAGAGACAACUUGUUGCAGCCGAUGUUGGUGCGGCCCAGCCCGCUCUUUUCGAAUGACAAUACACAACACGGAGAGUGAAGAAAUAUUACAGGUAGUGCGCCCUCAUCGGUGUGAUGCAUGUUGCUGCCCGUGCUGUCUUAUGAAGUCCAUGGUUCAAACGCCGGGUGGCUAUGUUCUCGGUUACACCAAACAAACGUGGUCGCUAUGUAGGGCAGACUUCUCUAUAAUCAAUCGUAACGACAAUCGUAUUGCUGAUAUGGAAUCACCGUGUUGCCCGUGCAGAUGUUUUACUAAUAUCGACAUACCGAUUCUAUCAAGCGGUGGUGAGGAGGGCUCAGUCGCAAAACGCUGGGGAGGGCGAAAACACAACACAAACAUGGACCAUGAAUUCUUCGCUCUAAAAUUCCCUGCAGGCUCCGAUCUCCAAACCAAAGGAAUACUUCUGGGAUCGGCAUUCCUCGUCGAUUACAUGUUCUUUGAGAUGACAUGAAGGAAGAUGAAAAGGCCACAGGAAGCAAAAAACAGAAAAGCGAUUUCUCCACUGUAAAAAAAAAUAAAGGAACAAAUCAAAUUCACCUUUGAAAUGUAAAGCAUGCAUGAUCCAUAACUGCUAGGCUUUUGGAGAAACCCAUCUACAGAGGCAUAAUUGCCAUGUGUUUAACUAAUAGAGUUGGUGGGUGUUAUAUUUGCAAUUCAAGUGAUUUUUAAAAUCUUCUAAUGGCUUCCAUUAUAUAUAAUUCUGUACAUAUUUUCAUGUUUUCAUUUUGUACACUUAAUGUAAAUAUAUUUGUUAUUAUUUGUUUGGCGUCACCUGUGCCUGGGAGGCGAAAAGCGAACUGAAUCACUAUGACCCGCAGGUCUCUCCUCCCAAUAUAACUGAUUGGGGGGAGUGCAGGUGGACCACUACACCGGGGUUUCCCCCUACUCUUAUACGAAUAGUGCAGUGGGUUCUUAACGUGCAAAGGUGGUGACUCUCCUCUACACGGGGCCUCCAUAUAACGUCCUACCUGAGGGACGGAGUGUUUUCCAUUGUAACACAGCCUGCAUCUAUGAAACAUGGGAGAGACGUUUACACACAACACACUGGCUUCAGUCAUCCGCCCGGGGUGGACUCGAACCCACGAUCUUUGGUUCGACGGGCAGACGCGUUACCGACUGAGCCAACAACGCUCUCCGAAUGUUUGUGAUAACUUUAAGCAGUAAUCAAAUCCAACAAUAAAUACAAAAGUGACAUUUUCAUAUUGGGAUUAUGCAGUCUGUAUUUCUUAAACAAACAUACUGUUAAGGUUAAACAAUUUACAAUAUUGUUACAGUCUCUCAUGUUUAUAUACAUUUUAUACACUUGCAAGUUCUACAAAGAUAUUAGCAAUUGUUAAUGCAUAUAAACUUAGAAAUGCAUAUAAACUUGGAAAUAAAAUGUUUC